AUGGCGGCGCCGCCUCGACAUGCAACAAUGCUGUCCAUCAGCAAUGGGACAGACAAGCCAGCAACACAGACACAACAGACCGCACUACCACAAUCCCCGGGCCUGCGUGUGCCUUCCAAUCGCAAAACCAUCUACGACCGACACCUGAACCGCAGUCGCAAUGCAGAGUCCAGCCGAGCAAGCUUCGCCUUCUUGUUCGGGGAAAUGGUCACGUAUGCCCAGCGGAGGGUAACCGGCAUUCAAGAUCUGGAGAAACGCUUAAAUGAACAAGGCUACCCUCUUGGCCUCCGCCUCCUCGACCUUCUAUUCUACCGCUCAACCUCGACAUCCUCAUCCGCCCUCUCAAGCUCCUCGACCUCAUCAUCACCUCCAAACCGCCCCCUCCGCAUCAUUACCCUGCUGCACCUGAUCCACGGACCCCUCUGGCGCCUCCUGUUCGGCCGUGCUGCAGAUGCCCUCGAGCACUCCGUUUCCCCAGACACCCCGAACGAGUACAUGAUCACAGACAACGACCCGCUGGUCAACACGUAUAUCAGCGUGCCGAGGGAAAUGAGCAUGCUCAACUGUGCGGCGUUUGUGGCCGGUAUCAUCGAGGGUGUCUGCGACGGAUGUGGCUUCGAGACUAAGGUCUCUGCUCAUAACCAGCCCACGGAGCUUUGGCCCAGUCGAACAGUGUUCUUAGUCAGGUUCGGGGACGCCGUUAUGGAGAGGGAGAAGGUCUUGGAGCGGUCCGGUGUCAAAUAA